ACUUGUUGUGUGAGUGUGUGUGUAUCACAAUAUUCAGCAAAGUACAGCGGCAUCCUCCUCCCAACCAAUUCCUUCCCCUAUAAACACACACACAUACAGCGACAUCUUCCCUACAAAACACUCCCACCCAAUUUCUCCCUCUAAACACACAUACUCGCUAUAUACUACGAGACAAAUUUGGGAAGAAUCUGAUACCUUGUCGAUUGCAAAUUCAAAUAUGAGCACCGAUCUGAAGUCCAAAUUUCUCGAAGUUUACGAUACUCUGAAAUCCGAGUUAAUUAACGAUCCUGCCUUCGAAUUCGAUGACGAUUCUCGUCAAUGGGUUGAAAAGAUGCUUGACUACAAUGUACCUGGAGGAAAGCUGAAUCGGGGGCUGUCUGUUGUUGACAGUUACCAGUUGCUUAAGGGAGAAGAGCUGACAGAAGAUGAGAUUUUUCUUUCAUCUGCCCUUGGUUGGUGUGUUGAAUGGCUUCAAGCAUACUUCCUUGUGCUUGAUGACAUCAUGGACGAAUCUCAUACCCGCAGAGGUCAACCCUGUUGGUUCAGAUUACCCAAGGUUGGUAUGAUUGCUGCAAAUGAUGGAAUAAUUCUUCGCAACCAUAUUCCAAGAAUUCUCAAGAAACAUUUCCGAGGAAAGCCGUAUUACAUUGACCUAGUUGACCUGUUCAAUGAGGUAGAAUUUCAAACAGCCUCUGGACAGAUGAUUGAUUUGAUCACUACACUUGUAGGAGAGAAAGAUCUGUCAAAGUAUUCCUUAUCUAUUCAUCGUAGGAUUGUUCAGUACAAAACUGCAUACUACUCAUUUUACCUUCCUGUUGCGUGUGCGCUCCUUAUGUUUGGAGAGGACCUGGAGAAACAUGUUGAAGUGAAGGACGUGCUUGUUGAAAUGGGUACCUAUUUCCAAGUGCAGGAUGAUUAUCUAGACUGUUUUGGUGCACCCGAGGUGAUUGGCAAGAUUGGAACAGACAUUGAAGAUUUUAAGUGCUCUUGGUUGGUUGUCAAAGCAUUGGAACUCGCCGAUCAGGAACAAAGCAAACUCCUACAUGAAAACUAUGGGAAGAAAGAUCCUGCUUCCGUUGCAAAAGUAAAGGAACUGUAUCACACUCUCAACCUUCAGGGUGUAUUUGAGGAUUAUGAGAGCAAGAGUUACGAGAAGCUCAUCACAUCCAUUGAGGCUCACCCAAGCAAAGCCGUACAAGCAGUAUUGAAAUCUUUCUUAGGAAAGAUAUACAAGAGGCAAAAAUAGAGGGACCUUAUUAUUAUUAUUCUGUUGUUGAUGCCUCUUUGUAUCUUUUGCCGAUUGCCAUUGUAUUCUUGCAAUCUUCCAACUGUUCUUAUGUCUUCCUUCUAGUAUUAUUAUUAUUAUUAUCGACUUGUUUUAUUGGCCAUGUAAUAGCGCUCAUGUGUAAUAAGACAUUCAUCUCUUUUUAAGCCAA